AUGACCCAAGAUAUUUUCUUCCCAGAAACGAAGAGGAUGGGUAGAUUAAUUAUCCAUGAGGUGCAAGAACCGAAUAUUCUGAAAUACCUUCGGCCUGCACAUCCACAUGCUUUCCGAUGAGCUUGGGAUGAUCUACCCACCUGACUCAAACCUCGGCCUCACGAAUCUCCAUCAUCCUUGUCUUUCACGGCUCAUGCUUUUGCUCCCUACACCUAGGAUACCUGCUUAUGUCCUCCUCCAAUUUUGUUCCAAAAGUUCCUCUUCAGUUGAGUUGCAGGAGUUUCUCUUGAAUUGGGUUGCGAAGUUUCGUCUGGAUUCUCACUAAUUUCCCUGUAUGAGGGAGAAUUUGAGGUUCUUUGUUUCUUCUUUUUGUGGUUAGCAUCAUUUUCCUUGGGAGUUUUUGGCGUUCAGGAUGGGUGGUGGAUUGUUGGUUCAAUUUGGAACAGCGGAUUUUAGGUGGUGGGUUAGUGACAUAGCCCAGCAGGUGCCUUACUGCGUUCACAACCACCAAAGAUGGCGCUUUUCUUCUCCUCCUCCUCCGACCCAGAUUACAUGCCAUGCUCUACGCGUCUCUUCUCCCGCUUCAUCAUCUGUUGCAACAAAGGCUACUUCAGGUGACGGUGCUGUAGAUGUUCUUGUGUCUCAAGAACCAAAAGAAGAUGUCCGUGCUGCAGAAGCUGUAGAAAAACGUGCCUCACUUACUGGCAAUGCAUAUGAUUUCAAAGGAGCGACGACAUCACUUGUCUCUGGACGAUUGACCAACUCAAAAAAGGUCACCAUUGUCAGGCAUGGCCUCAGCUCCUGGAAUGCCGAAAGCAGAAUUCAGGGAAGUUCAAAUCUGUCCAUCCUAACAGAUGCUGGAGAAAAGCAGGCCGAGAUGUGCCGACAUGCAUUAUCCAAUUUAAGUUUCGACUGUUGUUUCUCUAGUCCAAUCUCACGUGCAAAGCGGAGUGCUGAGCUUAUAUGGCAAGAAAGGGAAGAACCACUUAUUUUCCUCGAUUCACUGAAAGAGGCAAACUUAUACUUUCUUGAGGGAAUGAAAAAUGUCGAUGCUAAAAGGGAAUACCCUGAGCUAUACAACGCAUGGAGGGAGGACCCUGCUAACUUUAAGGUGAAUGGGAUCUAUCCUGUUCGAGAUCUGUGGUUAACUGCUAAAGAAGCCUGGAAGGAAAUCUUGGUUACUCCUGGAGAAAGUUUCUUGGUUGUCACUCACAAGUCAAUUUUGCGUGCAUUGAUUUGUACAGCACUUGGUUUGGCUCCUGAGAGGUUUCGUGCAAUUGACAUAAAUAAUGGCGGAAUCUCAACAAUAGUCUUCAACAAGCAAGGGGAAGCCAUGCUCCAAAGCUUAAAUCUUACUUCUCAUAUCUACAGCGAACGUGUAUAUUAUUAAACGAGACAACUGUAUUGGAUAUCUACAGCGAACAUGUAAAGGCGGUUUUGUACCCAUAUUAUAAGUCUAUAAGCUCGAUCUUUCAUAGGCAUCGGCUUGGAGCUUUUCAAACUCGAAUAACCUACAUUUUCCGUCCUCUGUGCUUGUGGAAAUGACUGCACUUCUUAACAGUUAGAAACUUUGGAAAACAGCGACACAGACUUCCUUUUUA